AUGGCAAAUUUUACUAAUAUUUUAAUUUGUAAUAUAACAGAUUCAAAUAUUCAAAUACCUAAUAAAAAUGAUCCAUUAAGAAUUGCUAAUUCGACUUAUGAACAAUUAUAUAAUACAUUUGAAAAUGAACCAUGGUUAUCAUCUUCAACAAAUAAUGAUGAUUUUACACAAUUGAAAAUGUUAAAAGUUGAUAGAGAUUUACUUUUCCAAGUAUUAAUGGUUGAAGAUAUAUCAAAAUCAAAACAAUCACAAUUAGAUGAUUUAAGUACAAAAAUUAAUCCAAAAAAUCAACGUGUUGAUACUUUAAGACAAUCAAAAGGUCCAAAAAAAUUUAAUAUAAUUACUCAGGUUGAUUUAGAUAAAGACGAUAAUACUACAAAUAAUAAUAAUAAUAACAGUGCUAACUUAUCAGCAAAUUUUAAUACAUCAAAAUCAUCCGAUUUACAAUCACGGAAAACUGUUUAUAAAAUAACUUUACAAAGUAAAAAAGGUGAUAUUUUUUUCGCAAUUAAUACUUAUCCAAUUCAUUGGGAUAAUUGUUGUUGGGGUGCAAAAUUAAUAAUUAAAAAAGAUACAAUUUUUAAUAGAGGUGUCUUCUAUUUAAAAGAAAAUUUAACUUCAAUGUGUUUUGGUUCAAUUAACUCUUGGAUGGAACAACAAGAUUUGAAAAAAUUUGCUUAUCUUGAAGGAAAAUUAAAUAGAGAUAAUAAUGAUUUUAAAGAGACAACAACUUCAAGAAAGAGAAAAGCUAUAGAAUUGACAGAAGACGAUAUAUGA